AUGUUGUAUCGUCUGGCCUCGUUGGCAGCCGCGGCUACGGCCGUUGUAGCUGCGCCCGCCUCUAUCCAUUCCAGAGCUCCCAGUGGCUCCAAAUCUGUGAUCAUCCAAAUGUUCGAAUGGAGCUGGGACAGCAUCGCGGCGGAGUGUACAAACUUUAUUGGACCAGCUGGCUACGGAUUUGUUCAGGUGUCUCCCCCAGCCGAGCAUAUUGCUGGUUCCCAAUGGUGGACUGAUUAUCAACCGGUGUCCUAUACGCUGACUUCGAAGCGGGGUAACCGAAGUCAAUUCAGAAUAUGGUCAGCAAAUGCAAGCGCGGGGGUCGGAGUAAUCGCAGAUACCAUAUUCAACCAUAUGGCUGGAAUCGAUGGCGGAACUGGCGUCGCGGGAUCCUCUUUCACUCACUACAACUACCCUGGUAUAUACCAGACCCAAGACUUCCACCAUUGUGGUUUGGAGCCUGGAGAUGACAUCGUGAACUAUAACAACCGUCUUGAAGUACAAACCUGUGAACUGGUCAACUUGGCCGAUCUGGCAACCGACACUGAAUCGUACGCGGUCGACUUGCAGCCUACGCUAAUGACCUCUUAUCCUUGGGGGUGGUCGGGCUUCGGCUCGAUGCUGCUAAGCGUGGAUAUUCCUUCUGGAGAUAUUUCCAACAUUCUUGGUAGGCUAACCUCAAAGCCUUACAUCACCCAAGAGGUCAUUUUCGGGAGCGGAGAGCCGAUCUUGCCGUCGGAGUAUACUGGUAACGGUGAUGUGCAGGAGUUCCGGUACACCUCUGCCAUUCAGAGUGCAUUCCAAAGUGGUGGAAUCUCAUCCUUGAACGGACUUGAAAGUCGAGGCUGGAUCGCUUCGGGCGGCGCCAACGUGUUCGUUGCGAACCAUGACACCGAGCGUAACGGUGCAUCACUCACCUAUAAGUCCGGAUCCACCUAUACACUCGCCCAUGUAUUCAUGCUAGCCUAUCCUUAUGGAACGCCCACCGUCCUUUCCUCUUACACGUUUUCCGAUAAUGACGCUGGAAGUCCUUCUAACGGGGCUGGCUCGUGCUCAGGUUCUGGUGGUGCGAAUGGAUGGCAAUGCCAGCACCGAUGGAACGCAAUUGCCGGGAUGGUCAAAUGGCGAAACGGAGUCACCGGUAGCGUCAAUAACUGGGUCAGCGGUACAAAUCAACAAAUCGCCUUUGGUCGAGGCUCGAGCGGAUUCGUGGUUAUCAACAACGCUGAUUCUGCUUGGACCAGAACUUUUACGACACCUCUUGCUGCAAACUCCUACUGUGAUGUGAUUUCUGGGACAGCUAGUAGCGGAAAGUGCACCGGUGCUUCGUACACGGUUUCGGGAGGAACAUUCACUGCCACUGUCCCUGCACGGUCUGCUAUAGCCCUCUUUACUGGUGCGAUCGGGACUGGUUCAGGUGGAGGAGGUGGAGGCGGAGGAUCGGGCACGGUUAACUUCCGCGUAUACGCAGAAACCACGCUCGGUGAUAACAUAUUCUUAGUUGGAAGUAUUUCACAACUUGAUCGCAAUGUCUUCGGCUUCGUACCCUACAUGGGCCGCAGCGUGACCAUCCCAGCAGGCACCGCGUUCUCCUACAAGUAUAUUCGCAAGACUGCGAGCGGAUCUGUGGUUUGGGAAUCGGAUCCUAACCGCAGUGCCACUGCUCCUUCGUCUGUACCACCUAGUGCCGGCAUCGAGAAAUGGAACCACGGCUAUCCACGUGAUCUUUGUAUUGCCACUUUGCCACUUAGUAAACCCCCAAGAGGUUUCGUCGUGGAUACCACUCAGACCAUCGCUCAAGAUCCCCCCGAUCUUGUCGAGCAAUCAUUCAUACUGGAAAGGAUCAUCAAAGAUAAAUCAAGUCUAUUUUUCACUGGUUCUGCUGGAACCGGCAAGUCUGUGCUUUUAAGAGAAGUUAUUCGGCAAUUCCGAGAGACCGCCAGGGACCCAGCAGGUAUUCAGGUCACAGCCAGUACGGGAGUUGCUGCACUGAAUAUUGGGGGUACUACACUUCAUAGCUUUGCAGGAAUCAGACCUGGCUAUGGCCAAUUACCGAUUCGAGAUCUGUUGGCAAAAAUAAAAUUCGCUAGAGCGACCUAUAGUCGCUGGUUGAAAACAGAAGUGCUUGUCAUUGACGAAAUAUCGAUGGUGGAUGCACAACUGCUGGAUCUUAUUGACAUGAUAGCCCGCGAAAUUCGUGAGAAUACAAGGCCGUUCGGAGGUAUUCAACUCGUAGUAUCUGGCGACUUUUUUCAACUACCCCCAGUAUCAGAUGAACAUGGUACUGGCACAGGCCGCGCUAAGAGCCCUCAGUUCGCGUUUGAGGCAGACUGCUGGGGCAGGGCAUUUCCUCGAGCGUAUAAGCUCACAGAGGUGUUUCGGCAAACGGACACAGGCAUACUUGGCAUCACAAGCGAUGGCACUACCAACAUUCUAAAAGGACUUGAUCGCCCGAUUAAAUGCAACGAUGGAAUCCUCCCAACGGAGAUUUACCCCCACAGGCAGACUGCUCAAUGGGCAAAUACAUACCAUCUUGCCAAGCUUGACACAAAGGAAUGGGUCAAUCACGGUCUGGACAAAUACGGAAAGGAUAGAUACGGGUUUGCUGUGCGAGCUUCUGAAGCAGACGUCAUGUUGGAAAAACGGGCACCCAAAAUUCUGGCACUCCAAAACAUAGCAGAAUCCAGUCUUGUGAAUGGGUCCAUAGGUCGCGUCAUUGACUUUAUCACACCAGAGAAGGCUCUAGAAGAAGGGCACGCAAUUGCGGGCGCCGCUGUGACGAUUUCAGACGAUGAUGCACCAAUGAGACCCUCUAUCAAAACACAGUUCAAAGCAAAGACCUGGCCGCUUGUCAAGUUUGUGAGCUCAGGUACUGUUUUGAUGCCUCCGGUGGAUUUUGGGCUGGACAAUGGAAUUGGGGGCAUGAGGGCUUCUAGAAAACAGCAUGGGCGCUUACAGUUAAGAGAGUUAGAUGUGCACGCAGAAGACUCACUGAUUGUGCCUUCUCAAGAUUCAUAG